AUGCGUCUCAGCCUUAUUUUCCAUCUGUUGCUUCUCGACUAUCUCGCAAUUGUUUAUGGAGCUUACGCUCUACCAUUCUAUCUUCAUUACAAAGACUCCAAGGCGCACCACGAUGAUCACAAGGAGCACCGGAAGCAACUAGAAGAAGCAGCUGACUUCGCCAACAAGCAGAUAGACAAAUUGCACGGCAUCCUCAACAACAAGGAUAUCCCUGUCGCCGCCUACCAGCACCACAUCGACUAUGCAUUCGGACCUAACGCGGAUAUCGAUGAGAUUCGGCAGGUAGUAAAAAGCAUUCAUGGUACAAAGGAGCUCAGGGUCAAGGAUAUCCUCUUGCCCGUGGAGGGGGUAAAUGCAGACGCCUCCUUUGAACACAGGGAUAUUCGGCUUAUGCACGGUUUCUACAACAAGAAAGUAGAGGACAAAGCUGGAACUUUGAUCCAUGAGGCUGCUCAUGCGCUGCAUCCCGGUAUCCACGAUCUCUUUACCAGUGAUGGCAAAUUUACUCCCACUGCGAGAAAGGACGCGCUUAAAGACACGCACUACCACAAGGGCUACCACGACCACGCAGACUUCCCCCUUCUGAAGCAGAACGCCAAGAAUAUGCACCAGAACGCUGACUCUUACAAGCUCCUAGCCCACACAAUGUUUCAUGGCUUCCACCGAACAGGCAGGCAGCAUGAAGUUCCCAAUAUGCUGCCACCUGAUUAUCCGGUCAAGGCGAACUACCCAUUCUAUCAAUAUGGGCAUCCACAGUCUGCAGAUACCCAGCACGCCCACGACCUUGCCAGCGCGCCGCAUCUUAUCGACGGUCCUUACGAGAAAGUACAUCCUCUGAGGCCAGAGUCUAUGGUCGUCGCUAAAUCGCAGGCCAAUCAGAAAGAACUAGCGACAAACAACAAGCUUGUCAAGAACCAUCGGCCGUCCCAAGGCCGGCCCUCUACUUCUGGACCGGCGUCGGUGUCAACCUCAGGACAUGCAGCCCAAGGCGUGGCGGGACCUUCUAGACAUGCCUCCACCAGGUUGCAUACCAUUCUCGAGGAGGAUGGUGCUGAGGGAUCCCACCAUGGUGCCACGACCCACGACGGGAAUAAGCUCAAGAAAGAUCCGCCAGUGGGAGAAAGUCCUACGAACCACCGGGAGCACCACUCCCCAACCCACAACGGGGCGUAUCACAUUUCCGACAUUCCGGCUCCUCUCGAUCAUGCGCCGUCGCGAGAUUCCGUCUUUUCUCAUUGGUCUGCCCCACCAGGGCUUUCGGUGCCGUCUAUUCAGGCGGCCGACAGUGGCCAGAAUCAAAAGCGUAAGCCAAAUACGCUCAAGAAGAGACCCACACAAGACAGAGAAACGACGUAUACACGUUCAUCUGGGAAGUCCAUUUUCCACCGGAAGGUCAAAGGUACAGGAUUAAAGAUGGCGGAAUCGACCGGCGCAGGCCAUCGUUCCGUGUCUGGAAGUGAAGGAAAGAGGAUAGCUCACGCCCAUCCGUAUCAUAAAAGCAUGGUUCCCCCGAGCGGCCACAGGUUGUCCAAGGAGACUCACGACCACGCCACUACCACGGGGAAGACCGCGGUCAAGGAGAAGCCAAAGGAAAUGCGCCGGGGCAUUGGGACAAAGCUCGGAAGGACGACGCCGCGGCAGUCGACCGUGCCACAUAUUGUUGGAGCCUCAAAGGGAAAUGCGCCACACACCGAUGCCAAGCCGCACGUGGCGCACGUAGUUGGGAAGGGAUUCACAGGCCGGAGACCAAUAUCAGCCAGCCCUCGUCGCUCGACGAAGGGUGUCGGUCAACCCAGGAACGGACGCAAGCCUACAGGUCGCAAAGCCGACCCUUCCCCAAGCCAAACAUUCUUUGCCAGUGUCCCACUCAUCGAUCCGGGCAAGCUCGAGUAA